AUGGUCUUGUCCCAUAAGCGAACCAUCCCCAAGGUCCGCGAGUGCACUUUUGCCAAGUUCAAAAACCGCUUCCAUCCUCGGGGUAAGGACGGCCGCUAUGCCCUUGACGUCUUCUGCUCUGGCAAGUUCAUGAACCAAGAGAUCACCGAAGAGGUGAAGCUCCGCGACAAGUUGUUCGCCGACGGGGGGGCAAAGCUCGCGACAGCCAUCAUCAAAGAAAAGACGCAGGCGAAAGCGGUUGAGAAUGCGAACUUGCUCAACGACCUCAUCGAGGAAGCCCAAGCCGAGGAGAAGUGGCCGCGGCGCAUCCGUAUUCAGUCGCCAGCCCUGCUCCGGAUUCUUGGCAGAGUAAGCAAGGAGAACCUGACAGACCGUCCGCGAACAUACUACCGACCCUUCAAUGCGCUGAUCUACCAGCACGAGCGGAUGCGGCAAGAGUUGAAGGAGCUGGAGGGCAGGUAUGGAUCCGACCUCCCCGACGACGAUUUAUUCGAGACCGAAUCAUCAGAUAAAGACUCGGACGGCGAGACCGAGGAGUCUAGCGAUGAGGAGGAGGAGGAGGAUGAGGAGCAUGGAGGAGAGGAAGACGGUGACGAUUUUGAAGACUCGCCCCUGGCUUUGCGGUGUCUACGUGCAUACAUGACAUACAUGGACAAUAAGAUCAUACCAGACUACAGGCGCUUCGAAAAACUGGACGUCAGGUCCGCCGCCCGGGUCCGCUUCUCCGACCUGUGGUAUCUGUUCCGGACGGGCGAGUUCGUGUACCAACAGGUCGAUGGUGAGCUCCCCGAUCGGCGAGACUUUCGCACCGGCAAGCGCAUAUGGAAGACCUACUAUAUCGACCCGGUUCCUGAGCGGCCCUCGGCCGCCGUCACCGACAACUUGGACAAGCGAGACGCAGCUUUAGUGAACGACGACCAUGCAUUCACCAUUGGCAUGUAUUACGUGGACCACUCUGGGGAGGAUUUCUGCGUCGUCAAGAAGCGCAUCCGGAUCGAUCAAUUUACGGGGGAAAGGCCCGUCAGUGCCCUCCCUGUCUACCCCAUGCGCUUCUGUCUGGAUUGGGAGGCACGUCUGAAGCAUGCCCUUGGCAUGGGAAAUCAGUUGCUCGAGUUUAUACGAGCCAAACAUUGCUCCUACAACGGCUGGACCUUGAUCCAAAGUCCCAGCGGCGACCCAACCAUUGACGUUGAUGGCAAGGAAAUGCAACAGCCGGACCACGUGAACAGUGAGGUCAUUGUGGACUUCAAGGAAGCGUUUCAGGCGUGUCCAGCAUGGCGGCCCCAGCGAGCAGCCAUGCGUCAGAAGUCUGUAGAAGUUCUGGACGUCCAAGAGGAAUUCCGCGUCCGUUGGUGGUCCGGACGCAACCGCGCCAAGCUCCUGGGAGAGACGAUGGAGCAGAUACCGGUGAGGAGUGGUAUUGCCGCAAAGGAGCGGAAUCAAUUUGUGGCUCACGACCCCUUCCUCGUAGCCAUGGCCAAAAACAAUAGGCACAUAAACCCAACGACGGAGAAGGACCUGGACGACGACGCGAAGGUGCUGCUCACCGGACGUGUUUUUGCCUACGUCUUCCAGGAGCGCAAGUUCGCCCAGCUUGCCGUGGCCAAAUUGCGUUUGGCACCCAAGACGGCACUUGCACUGGAUUCGUUGAGGAUCUUCCAGAAUGUCAAGGACACUUUGCAGGGAGCGAUCCAUGGGCACUUCUUGCAAAAGGAGACUGCCGAGAACAACCCCGACCAAGACUGGUCCUCAAUGGACAUGAUCCAAGGCAAGGGCACUGGCCUUUUCAUCCUGCUCCAUGGCGUCCCCGGCGUCGGCAAGACAGCUACAGCUGAAGCGAUUGCCCAGGCCAACGGCAAACCCCUUUUUAAGAUCACAGCAGGCGACUUGGGCAUGACGCCCGAGAAACUUGAGACGUCUCUGCGCGACAUAUUCCGCUUGGCCUCCUGUUUCAAUUGCAUUCUGCUGCUGGACGAGGUCGAUACCUUUUUCGCAGCGCGGACAAAGAGCGGGGACAGCACAAACAGGAACGCAUUGGUGUCAGUAUUUCUGAGAGUUCUCGAUUAUUAUGACGGGGUUCUUUUUCUCACCACGAACCGACCCGGAGUUCUUGACGAAGCAUUCAUCUCGAGGCUGAACUACACCGCCUAUUUUCCCGCUCUCACUCUGGAGCAAACAAUUGACAUCUGGAAGCAUAACAUCCGACGUGUCAAGGAAAUCGACAAGCCAUUGGCUAAGGUUCAGAAGCGCGGUGCUUUGCGGGUUAACGAAAAUGAGCUCGUCGACUUUGCCCGAUAUAUUUAUCACGAGGGCGGCGGGCAAGGGGGACCCGGGCGCUGGAAUGGUCGACAGAUCCGCAAUGCCUUCCAGGUUGCCCGUAAUCUGGCUUACUACGACCACAGCAAAGAGCAAGAG